CGGGCGGGCGGUGCAUUGUGCGCGGCGGCGGGGCCGGGCCGGGGCCAUGGAGCGCUGGACCGGCCGCGUCGCGCUGGUCACCGGCGCCUCCGUGGGCAUCGGGGCGGCCGUGGCGCGGGCACUGGUGCAGCACGGCAUGAAGGUGGUGGGCUGCGCUCGGAGCGUCGACAAAAUUGAGAAAUUGGCAGCUGAAUGCCAGAGUGCUGGCUAUCCGGGGACCCUCAUCCCGUACAAGUGUGAUCUCUCCAACGAAGAGGAGAUCCUGUCAAUGUUCUCUGCCAUCAAGACCCUUCAUCAAGGAGUUGACGUCUGCAUCAACAACGCAGGGCUGGCUCGCCCAGAGCCCCUGCUCUCGGGGAAGACGGAGGGCUGGCGGACAAUGAUAGAUGUCAACGUGAUGGCUGUGAGCAUCUGCACGCGAGAGGCCUACCAGUCCAUGAAAGAGAGAAACAUUGAUGAUGGGCAUAUUAUUAACAUUAAUAGCAUGAAUGGCCACAGCGUUGUGCCACAGUCGGUGGUACAUUUUUACAGUGCCACCAAGUACGCGGUUACAGCCCUCACGGAGGGGCUGAGGCAAGAACUCAGAGAAGCAAAGACUCAUAUACGAGCUACAUGUAUAUCUCCGGGACUGGUGGAAACAGGAUUUGCUUUUAAACUUCAUGAUAAUGACCCCGAGAGAGCUGCUGCAACCUAUGAGAGCAUUCGGUGCCUCAAAGCUGAAGAUAUGGCUAACGCUGUCAUAUAUGUCCUCAGUGCCCCACCUCAUGUACAGAUUGGAGAUAUACAGAUGAGGCCCACGGAACAAAUAUCAUAGCAUAUGAAGAGGACCGUGAGCAGCACCGUGUAUCCACUCCACUUCGAACCCUCUGGCAAUUUAGGGUUUCGUCGGCUGGCUAGCAACGUUUUAAUCAAGUACCAAGGAUCAUGUUUGAAGAAUUAUUUUUCUCUCCCUCUCUCUGAGCUGGUGCUGGUGCUGAGCCAGUUUAAAGACAUAGUAGUGGGUCUCUUUCUCCCCCACUCCUUUCUGAAACUGCUUAAGAGUAAAAUGUAUUUGGAAAUAAUGCAGGGAAGUGGUUUGUGGAAGAUUGUUGUCUCCAGGCUGGUUUAUUCUUCCUUUUGCUUUCUUUUCAAGGUUCGUUUGAUCUUAUUUGCUGAUGCUGUGUCUGGACAUAGGUGAAGUGGUACAAGAUGUUUGCCAGCUUCAGCGUGCUUAGGGUUUGAGAUUUUCAGUGGAUGACAUACAUGAAUCGAUCUAAUUUUGGGGUUUAUUUUCAUCAGAUUGAUUACUGAUGGAAAAUGAUGCAUGUGAUAUCUCACCCACCUCCCCAAACCCUCCUUUCGCAUUCACAUGAAUCAUGCCUGCCAAGUUUGAGGAAGUAUAAAUGUGUGUGCUUGCUAUUUCUCUUUCUUUCUAGGUAGGUAGGUAAAUAGUUGGAGGAAAAGUAUUUGUACUUCUGCAGAUUAGAAUGAUCAUCUAAGUGGCAUAGUUACAGUAAGAGUGAGUUGUUUGGUAUUUUUAAUAAAAACUAAAUGUGUGCUGUCUUGUGAUCACCUCUAUCCUUGGUGUCAUCUCCCAGCACUCUUGAUGUUUUUGUAUGUGAUAUUUGCAUGCAUUGACACUUAUCUGGAAAUAUUGAUUGGUCUUAGGAAGCUGUAUGAUGCUGUUUAAAUGCUGGUGCUGAUGAGUUGGAAGUGUUGAAAGUUUGUUUAUAUGCAGAGAUACAAACUCGGAGAGAGAGAGAGAGUGAAAUGAACCAUGCUGAAGCCGUCCAAAAUGAAAAGACUCUAGUAGGGGCAUUUGCCUACGAAGCAGCAGGUAGAAGGUCUGGUUCAGAUCUUGCACUCAUUCUAUGCUGGCGCAGCCCCAUUGUUUUGCUCUUGAUUUAUUCUAACUUGAGGGAGAAGAGAAUCGGCCUCAAAGCUGAUACAUGUAGAGCUGGAGGCCACUUGAGUUGUUUUAAGACUCUUGCAGCAUGGCAGAAACACGUCUGUGCGUAGCCCAGCUUGCGGCAGAGCUAUGGAGCUGUUAAUGUCUGUGUUGCCUUAAGGUUGCAGACCCGCUCCUGCUGCGCUCUGGACUUUCUGCAGUGUUUUGGAAGGCAAACUGUUGGUUUAGGUGGAGCAGGUAUGGUCAGUUGAUCAGAGCGGAGGAUUGGGAGCGAGAGAAAUCUGGGUUGGAUUUUUUGCUUACAUCAGUAUAGCUCUGUGGGAGUUCAUCUGUGUAACGCCACCACAAGGGAGACCAGAAUUGGGCCACUAUGUCAUGAGUUUCAACUCCCUAUAAAGCCUUGGGCAAGUCCCCCUUUACCUCUCUGCCUCAGUUUCCCCAUCUGUAAAAUGGGGAUAAUAAUACUUACCUACCUCACAGGGGUGUUGUGAGGACUCACAAACUUUUGUAAAGCACUUUGAAUAUGAGGAGCGCUAUGUAAGUGCUGAGUGUUGAUAUGAAGUAUUAUUAUUAAUUAAAUCUUAUGAUACAUAGAAUUCCUUGUGCCAAAGGUGAGCAACUGUAGAAGGAUACAAGGAAAAAAUUGGUAAAACACUCCUUCAUAAUGAUGAAACAAAGGCAAUUUGCCCUUUUUUUUCCUCUUUGUAAAUACACGCUCAUGGUGUGUUCUGUCCAUUCCUCAUCUGUCAUCAGUUUCUACGGGCAAGUGUACAUAGCUUUGUCUCUGGAUUUGGCCUUUUAACUUACUGUGAGUGAAAUUCAUGACCAGUGGUGCAGCCUCGCACCACUGUAAUGCACUGUCCUCCUCCACCUUGCCGAGAUGGUGGCUUUGUGUGGGUUCUUUGCACAGAGCUGGGUUUCACCCACAGCAUUGGGUUAGACGGUGUCCCACGAGGAGCGGCCGGUCCAGGUCUGCAUGCAGCCAGCAAUCCUCGUGGCAGCAGAGAGCCUGUGCCAGCUGGGAAAGCUCUUCAGUCUCUGUUCCACUGUGAUCCUCAGUUUGGAGGCACUUGGCUAAGGAAGGUUCAAGCACUACUGUGCUUUUUUUAUAACACCCCUGUGAUGUUCAGCUAGUCUUAGUAUGAAAACUGGUGUUUUCCAUAGGGUUUCUUUUGCAGGAGCUUGUUGAAAUUCAGCAGACGCGCUGUGCAGUGUGUGCCAUCCUUUAAAGAGAAGAUGGUUGAACUAGCAGUUGGAGGGAAAAAAAAAAAAAAGUUGGGAAAUUAGGAACUUCCGAGCAGGAAAAAAAUGAGCAGGGAUGUGGACUUGUGAAACGUCUGAAUCGGUGGCCACAACUAUGUACAAAGUUAAGCAAUGUUGAAAUGCAUGGCUGAGGAAGGACCUAACUUACCUUUCUGCUCUGUAAAAGGAGGCUUCAGAGAGAAUUGCUUAAGAUGUGAGGCCUUGGAAAAGGGCCAGUCUGGGUAAUUGCUCCCUGCAAACACAACCUGGCUGACCUGCAGCCCUGGAAGUUUGCGGGUUUUUUUUCCCCAAGAACAUUUGUAACAUUUGCUAGUCUAUAAAAUAUCCUUGAAAUAAUAUCCAGUAUAUUUUUCCAUUUCAAAUGUGUUUUUAGGUGAUAAUUCCUGCUGCCUGUUAACUUCCCAUGUGGAGUGUGGCCGGUGGAAGGGUUUGGCACGGGUUGUUUGGCUGCUCUGCCUCGUGUAACCUGGUGGCACCUUGAGCCAUCUUCCUGGGAUGAGGUGGGAUUGGCAGCACGACUCCGAGUCGUUGAAAAACCCCAAACAGGAGGGUGAACUGUGUAAUUUAUCAGUAGGUUUCUAAUUGUGAACUGUUAAAAUAAAGAAUAAAAAGAGAGGCACACUGUG